UUCAUUCCAACCCCUCUGUGUAAGAUGGCUGCUGUACGUGCGGCGGGUAUUCUCUCCAGAUUCUCCAAGAGCAGAUACAGUCUGUUUACAGGUCACACAUGCCGGAACCUCUCUGUGUCCUCAGCUGUGAUGACGAGGACCCACGUCAGCUACGAGGUCAAGGAUGACGUGGCGGUCGUGCGGAUCAAUGAUCCGACAUCAAAGGUGAACACACUCUCAGUACAGAUGCAGACGGAGAUGACGGAGGUGAUGAGUGAGAUCUGGGCCAAUGACGCGGUGCGGAGUGCUGUCCUCAUCUCCUCAAAACCUGGCUGCUUUAUCGCUGGAGCUGACAUCAAUAUGAUCCAGGCGUGUAAGUCUGACGCAGAGGUGAGCGGUCUGUCUCAGGAAGGGCAGAAGAUGUUUGAGAAGAUCGAGAAGUCGCCCAUCCCCAUCGUGGCCGCCAUUAACGGGUCCUGCCUGGGAGGGGGGCUGGAGUUUGCAGUGGCCUGCCAGUACAGAGUGGCCACUAAGAGCAGGAAGACGGUGCUGGGCACGCCCGAGGUGCUGCUGGGGCUUCUGCCUGGAGCCGGGGGGACUCAGAGACUGCCCAAAAUGGUGGGUAUCCCCAGUGCCUUUGACAUGAUGCUGACGGGCAGAAACAUCCGUGCUGAUAAAGCCAAGAAGAUGGGUCUGGUGCACCAGCUAGUGGACCCUCUGGGCCCAGGCCUGAAAAGCCCGGAGGACAGAACCAUCGAGUAUCUGGAGGAGGUCGCCGUGGGUUACGCCAAAGACAUCGCCAACAAGAAGAUCAAACUCACCAAGAAGAAGGGCAUGAUGGAGAAGGUGCAGGACUACGUGAUGGGGUUCCCGUUCGUCCGGCAGCAGGUCUAUAAGACGGUGAAGGGUAAAGUGAUGAAGCAGUCCAAGGGCCUGUACCCCGCCCCCCUCAAGAUCAUCGAGUGUGUGCAGGCGGGGCUAGAGCAGGGGGCGGAGUCCGGGUACCUGGCCGAAUCGCAGAAUUUUGGGAAGCUGGCGAUGACCUCGGAAUCCCAGGCCCUCAUUGGUCUGUACCACGGUCAGGUGACCUGCAAGAAGAACCGCUUCGGGGUGCCAGAGCGGGCGGUCAAGAACCUGGCCAUCUUGGGGGCGGGGCUGAUGGGGGCGGGCGUUGCCCAGGUGACGGUGGAUAAGGGCAUUCACACCAUCCUGAAGGACACCACUGUGGAGGGGCUGAGCCGGGGCCAGCAGCAGGUCUACAAAGGUCUGAACGAUAAGACGAAGAAGCGUGCGAUCACGUCGUUCGAGCGGGACAGCGUUCUGUCCAACCUGACGGGGCAGCUGGACUACAGCGGGUUUGAGAAGGUGGACAUGGUGAUCGAGGCCGUGUUCGAGGACCUCGCCAUCAAGCACCGCGUUCUGCAGGAGGUGGAGGCGGUGACCUCCCCGCACUGCAUAUUUGCCACCAACACGUCCGCCCUGCCAAUCAAAGACAUCGCAGCCGUCAGCAAGAGACCCGACAAGGUCGUGGGGAUGCACUACUUCUCUCCUGUGGACAAGAUGCAGCUGCUGGAGAUCAUCACCACGGAGACGACCUCUAAAGACACGACCGCCGCCGCGGUCGCCGUGGGGCUGAAGCAGGGCAAGAUCAUCAUCGUGGUGGGGGAUGGUCCAGGGUUCUACACCACCAGGUGUCUGGCUCCGAUGCUGGCUGAAGCAGUGCGAGUCCUGCAGGAGGGCGUGGGGCCUAAGAAGCUGGACGCCCUCACCACCAGUUUCGGGUUCCCGGUUGGCGCGGCGACGCUGUCGGACGAGGUGGGCAUCGACGUGGCGGCCCACGUGGCGGAGGACCUGGGCAGGGCCUUCGGCUCCCGCUUCGGGGGCGGAAACGUGGAGGUGCUGAAGACCAUGGUGGAGCAGGGCUUCAAGGGCCGCAAGUCUGGCAAGGGCUGCUACGUCUACGAGGCCGGAGUCAAGGAGAAGAACGUCAACCCGGGAGCCGAGGAGAUCCUGGCGAAGUUUAAGAUCGCAGCGCCCCCCACAGUGUCGUCGGACUCGGAUGUCCAGUACCGGCUGGUCUCCCGGUUCGUGAACGAGGCGGUGCUGUGUCUGCAGGAGGGCAUUCUGGGUAACCCUGUGGAGGGGGACAUCGGAGCGGUGUUUGGCCUGGGCUUCCCCCCCUGUCUCGGAGGUCCGUUCCGGUUCGUGGACAGCUUCGGCGCCGAUAAGCUGGUGGCGCUGAUGAGGAGGUUCGAGGACGUCUACGGGAACCACUUCACGCCCUGCCAGCUCCUCCUCGACCACGCCAAGGACCCGAGCAGGAGGUUCCACCAGUAGCUCCGCUCACCGCCGUUCCCAUAGCAACGGUCUGCAGCCACCGCCGUUACCGCAGCAACGGUUUGCAGCCAACCCCGUUCCUGUAGGAGCAGUCUGCCCGUCGUCGUGGAAAUGGAUACACGAAAGCUCUGAGAAUACGGUGUUUUGGGGGGAGGCGUGUACGUUUAAUCGUUUGUACUAAAAUGUCUUCCUAAUGUUGAAGUACACGCAGUAAAGCUUCUCAGCUUGUUAAGUUGCCUUAGAAUCUAAUGAUCAUCAUGUGGAAUUCAGGUUUUUGCACUUAUGUUUUUGUUUUAAGUUUGUUUCCUUCCCCUGUAAAUGCCAGGAGGAUGUGGAGAUGUGUCUCAGGCUUUUCCAUUUUGACUUUGUGUCAAAACUAGUGUACAAAAAGACCAUGUCUGCUCUGCUUUUCUUUAUUAAUCCCAUACCGGUGAAACUCAUUUUGAUAUCUGAAUAGAACACGGGAAUUAGCUCAAAGUGUCAAAGGCAAAGUUUGACAAUUUCCCAAAUGCAAAGUGAAAUAAACGAGAAUCCUUUUUCGAA